AUGGAUAUGUUUGUAUUUGCGCUUGGAUUUUUGAUAGUUGUCUGUAUAAUUAUUCAUUUAUACACUCGGCAAGUUCAACAACAAUCCAAAGAUCCAAACUAUCGAAAUUUUCAACAAACUUAUUUACUGGUUUACUUAUUAGCCGCCGCUGCUGAUUGGCUUCAGGGACCUCAUGUUUAUGCAUUGUAUGAAAGUUAUGGAAUUCAAAAGCAUGAGAUUGAAGUACUUUUCAUUGCCGGGUUUGGUUCUUCAAUGAUAUUCGGUACUAUUGUUGCUUCACUUGCUGAUAAAUAUGGUAGACGAAAUACAUGUUUAAUGUAUGGUAUUCUCUAUGGUAUAUCAUGCGCAACGAAGCAUUUUCCAAAUUUUUACGUCUUAUUUUUUGGAAGAUUACUUGCGGGUAUGGCUACAUCGAUUUUAUUUAGUGCUUUUGAAUCAUGGUUGAUAAAUGAACAUCAACGAAGAAAUUUUGAACCAGAAACAUUAGGUAUUAUAUUUGCAAAUGCAUAUUUUGGAAAUUCUGUCGUGGCUAUUCUAUCGGGAAUUGUUGCACAAGUCGCGGCAAAUACAUUUGGAUAUGUAGCUCCAUUCGAUAGUGCUAUUCUAUCAUUUAUCGCUAUGUGUGUAUUAUUAAUAACUACUUGGUCUGAAAAUUAUGGUGAUGCUAGUGCACCAAUAUCUCAAUCAUUUAUUUCUGCAUAUAAAGCAAUUAAAUCUGAUAAAAAAGUAUUUCUUCUUGGUAUUGUUCAAGCUUUAUUUGAAGCAUCAAUGUAUGUAUUUGUUCUUGAAUGGACACCGGCAUUAACACAAGCUUUAGAUAAGUCUGUGAUUAAUAAAACCGAUAAUAAAAAUCCACCAAUUCCACAUGGAUAUGUUUUUGCUAGUUAUAUGGUUGCGAUGAUGAUAGGAUCGAAUUUAUUUAAAGUGAUGUCGAAUUAUACAACACCGGAAUCAUUUAUGAGACCAAUUGUUUUUAUUUCGGCUCUAUGCAUGUGUGUACCAGUUUUUAUGCCUACGGCUCAAGUGGUAAUGUUUGCAUCAUUCCUAGUGUUCGAAUUCUGUGUUGGUGUCUUCUGGCCAGCUAUGGCAACAAUGCGAAGUAAAUACGUUCCAGAAGAAGCUCGUGCUACUGUGAUGAAUUAUUUUCGAAUUCCAUUAAAUUUAAUUGUGGUUGUGAUUCUUCUUCGAGAUUUUCAUUUAAAAAUUAUUUUUAUGAGUUGUAUAUUCUUUUUGGUACUUGCUGGUAUUAGUAUGCUUGUAUUACAUAAAUUAACAUUAAAUCCAAUUAAAUCAAUGUUACCUCUUGCUAAUGUUGUAACUGUUCCACAACAUACUGUAAAAGCAGGUUUAGAUGAUAAUAAUGAUAAGAAUCAAGCUAAUAUUUAA